UGUAGAUGUACAAAACACAGCUGUGACUUUGUGAUUGGCGUUUUAGAUAUUUCGUUUUUCUCGAAAUUCGUACCCCAAAAUAUCAUAAUUUUAAUUUUGUCCAUGUCUAAAUUUCGUAGUUUUUCUUAGUCAUUUUAGAAAAUAAAGUGUUGUUCAAAAAUGGCUAUCAGUGACAAAUACAACACAAAGUGCCCUGGAGUGAAAAGAUUGAUGCGAGAGGCUUUGGAAUUGGCGGAAGCGACUGAGGAAUAUUGUGCAAGGCCUUUAGAAGAUAAUCUGUUUGAAUGGCAUUUCACUGUGAGAGGUCCACCGGGAACAGAUUUUGAGGGUGGUAUUUAUCAUGGUAGAAUAUUAUUACCUAAAGAAUAUCCUAUGCAUCCCCCUCAUAUUAUUCUUUUAACGCCAAAUGGGAGAUUUGAGGUAAAUAAAAAAAUUUGUUUGUCUAUAUCAGGACAUCACCCUGAGACUUGGCAGCCAUCAUGGUCAAUAAGGACAGCCCUGUUAGCCCUGAUAGCUUUUAUGCCGACUCCUUCUGAAGGUACUAUUGGAUCGUUGGAUUAUACACCUGCCGAACGUAAAACAUUAGCUGCUCAGUCAGUUAGUUGGGUCUGCACUGAAUGUGGUGAAACUGCAUCACUUCUAUCCUCAAAUGCAGCCAAACCUUUGACAGAGGAAGAACAAACUGCUAUGAAUCAGAUUGCAUUUAAAGGUGAAGAGGAACAGGCUGCAAAACCUCUGGAGGAACCGACUUAUGAACCAGAACCACAAGUAUUGGAGUCAGUUGAUUCAUUCUCAACCUUUUUAGAUCAAUUGCUUGAGAUUAUUGUUGCGUUGCUAGUUGGAGCUAUUGCUAUAUUUAUAUACAGACGAUGGAAUACACCUGAAAAUACAGAGUUGUAAAAUUGUGAAUGCUUACUGACACAUAUAUACUGCUAAGUAUAUGUUUACUGUAACAAAUUAUUAUAAUAUAAACUGUGAAUUUUGAUGUUUAUACCUGAAAAAAAAUACACAUUACUAUUUUGUAUUAAUAGUAUAUUAUUUGCAUUACAUUUUGUAUUGUAGUUUCGAUCUCUUCUUUAAUUGAAUAUUGAUUGACUUAUUAUGUACUAUCUUUAAACAUGUUAGAAUUUUUGUAUAUUAUAUUUUAUUAUUAUAGUACCUAAGAUGCAUUCUGGUACUUUAUUAUAGUUUACAUCACAUUAAACUUUGCAAGAUUUAGUUAUUUUUAAUUAUAAUAUGUCACACAGAUGGUGUUUACAUUUAAUGAUUAAUGAAACAUUAUUUUUGGCACAUUUUUUUUAAGUAUUAUAUAAUUUUUUUGUAGAACUUUAUUGUAUAAGGUAAGUCUAAAGAAAUAUAUGUAGCAUUCCAAUAUGUUAUUGCCAGUAAAUAUUGGUAUAACAGCUUAAUAACAUAAUACAGUAAUUUCAUAGAUUUCAUAAUAAUCUUUCUAGGGUAAAAUUAUUAAUUAAUCAUUCAUAAUAGAUGUUAAGAAGAAUCAUAGUAAAAGCAAGAGACUGUCAUUUGUUUAACAAUUUAUUGAAAUCCGUCAUAAUGUCUUCAAAAUUGUAUUCAUUUACUUGUAAAUGUGCAUUGAUGCAAUUGUAUAUUUCAUUUUUGUAAAUAAAAGUAUAUACCUAU